AUGUUAGAAUUUGUGAAAGAGUCUAGAGAAAGAACCAUAACUUUAGAGAACACAGUUCAGACUCAUGGGAAGACAAUUCGGAAUAUGGAGAGGUUCAAGAAAAAGAAGUUAGAUGAGCAAUUUUCUAAGCUUUUAGGGAUUUUUAAGAAAUUGCAUAUUAAUAUCCCCUUCUUAGAAGCUUUAGAGCAAAUGCCUAAUUAUGUGAAAUUCAUGCAAGAUAUUCUGUCGAAGAAGAAUGGAUUUAAGAAAUAUGAGAUGAUUGGUUUGACUGAAGAGUGUAGUGUUGUGCUGCAGAAAAAGCUACCACAAAAGCUCAAAGAUUCAUGGAGUUUUACUAUCCCUUGUACCAUUGGUUCAUUAAUUGUUUCUAGAGCUUUGAUGCUUAAUGUUGAAGAUGUGCAACCCACUACGAUCUCUUUGCACCUACCUAAUAGAUAUUUGACAUAUCCUAAAAGUCUUGUUGAAGAUGUUUUAGUUAAGAGAGCUUUAAUUGAUGCCCAAAAAGGUGGAUUAGCUUUGAGGGUGAAUGAUGAAAAGGUAGCCUUUAAUAUCUACAGGUCUUUGAAACACCAUGAUGAGGUUAGCUCUUGCAAUAUGAUAAAUGUGAUUGAUAGAACUGUUGAGGAACAUGCUAAUGUCUUACUUGCUAGAGAUAUUUAG